AUGGUUGGUGACCCUAAAACAAUACAUGGCCAUUUGGGUCCAAUCCUGACAGGAAGCCUGUUUGGAAAUACAAAGCCAAACUUGAUACUGAGUCAAGGGAACAUUGUUUGGGUUCAGUUCACGAGUGACAGAAACUCUACCACAGUGUACAAGGGACUCAAAGCUUCUUUUAAAGCAGGUGUGUUAUAACAAUAAGGUGUGUUAGGUUUAUCUUUUGUAACAUGGCACAUAAGUUCUUUUACAUCUUUCUCCGUCAGAAGGUAUACCUCAUUCAACUCUUGAUUAAUGAUCAACUUACUGUUUUAUUAUUUGCCACGAUCGCAACAAAGGCUGUUAUUUUUCUUACUUAUGACAACUUGUUUUUUUUACUAUACUUAGUCAAUUAGCCAUGAAAAUAAAUGACUAAUAUAUUGUCCUUAAAUAUAUCUUCUUUACUGUACUAGGACAGGGAGGAUUGUUUGUCAGCUGUUCAUUAACGUUUCUGUUCUUCUCAGCUCUUAUCAUACUCGUGUCGAAGAACAACUUGUUCCAGUUCCGUCAAGUGAAUCCAAGCGAAGUUUUCAGUUCGCUGAAGUUUUGAAUCCUUUACUGUUAGCUCAACACUGAUUAUGAAUUGAAAACUUACAAGAACACAGAGAAGCAUUUUACCUGUGUAUUUUUGUUGGUGUAAACAUUUGUUAGAUCAUUGCUUUCUUUAUGUCAAGAGAGUUUAUCCUCUCUUGUUUAAAUAAAUCCAUUUUCUUUUAGAUGUGUUGUCGGUUUACUUUUAGUCUCUUAUACUGAAAAGUGAUUCGAAAUAGUUUGAUUGAAAACUUCAAAUUAAACCCAACUCAGAGAAGAAAUGUCUUCCUAAUAAAAGUCAAUUUUCAAACGCCAAAGUCAAAUAAUUUUUUUAAAAAGGUCAACCAUUAAAGCUAUCCCCACAAUAGGACCCUCUGAAUAAUGAAAUUGUAGUACUACGUCUUUUCACAGGAAUAACAGUGAUGGUAAAGCAAACUUAAAACGCCAGAAAUCGCCAGAAACUAUACGACGGACACACAGGAUGUGAGUAAGUUUUAUUAAAUUAACGUGUAAAAUGUUCAUAUUUCGAAAUAUGUAUCGUUGUAAAUCGACCAUAUUUCGUUCCCCAUACUUUUCCUUAUAACGUGUUCAAAUUUUCAACGGUUACUCUCAUACCCUAACACCGAAUCAGACAACGCGUGACGCCUUCAUGAAUUGAUCGUUGGCUUUUUCUUGAGACGUGAGCUUGGGCCGCCUGUGCUAUGAGGCACCUUUGAUGUGAACCAGCCUCGCUUUAAACUAUAAUUAGCUGGGAGACUUGUUCACAAAUAUUUGGAAGCAACUUAUAGUGUCUACUCAUUUACGUCUUUUUCUGUACAUAAAUUCCGCAAAAAUUGCAUCGUGUUAUGAGAUUUUGAAGAAAAUACCGUCCACAAUCUUUCAACUGUGAGAAGAAACACUCUCAGCGAGGUAUUUUCUAAUCACAAAAUUAACAAGUUUUGCACUUUUUCAGUCCUGACUUUUUUUGCGCAUUUAGCUGAGUGCAUUUUUCUCUUUUUUCAUGUUUCAUGACAUAGGAGGAUAAAGUCCCGUCCUGUUCAUGAUGAUAAACUGACUCAUGUAUUUUCCAAAAAAUAAAGGACUCAAACGAGAAUGUAAACAAAGUUGAGUUGAAAUAGAAUCUCCCAGAGAAGCUGUUUGCCGCGCAAAGGCCGCCUGAAAGUUCACGUCUAAUAGUGAUCGAGACGCUUUAUACUUUACUGACGUUUUCACGGAAAUACAAUUUCCUCAAUUAUUCGCGAGCGUUUUAAGAUUUCGACUUAAAUUUUCGAAAUUUCGGCCAACCCACGAGGGUUUUUUUUUUACCUUAACAUCGCGGUAAUUUUCAGAGUUUGAACGAAGCCAAGUCGUAAAUACCAUUUUGAAACAAAUUUCUGCGGUUUUGUCAGUAUCAGAAGUAUUGGGAAUGUGUUUAAUCCCGAUUUUUUUUUUAGCUUAGCUUUGUCUAGAAGAAUCUCCAAUCUCCUCACUCAAAACAUAACGGAGUAAAUGUGAAAAUGAUUUCUUAAAAACAAUUAAUGAAUAAUUAGAUUACAACAGAAGAAUUAUAUAAACUCAAAAGCAUAUAAUGUCAAAGUCAAUGUUUGUAUUUUUUCUAUAUCUUUGUAAAUCAUGUCAUGUUAAGUUAUUUUUUCUGUAAACAGUGUGAAAUAAUAAAACAUGCACGCUACUGAGCAGGUAGGUUAUUUUGCGUGCAACGUAGAAGGAGAUCGUAGUAGAGAGGAUCACUCCCCAACCCUGCUAUCACAACGGCUGCAAUGAAUAAGUUUAGACGUUAAGCCCCCACUCCAUUUACAAUGGCUGGAUCCGGCAGAUAUUUGCAACCCCUUUCUAAGCCUGCUGCUUUAGACUCUCCACCACCCUCCAACUACAGUGUGUUCACCCACAAGCAUAACUGUGACAGAGUAUGAACCUGACUAUCAAUGUUGCUACACACGAGCAUUUUUUUUUCAAAUCAAAUCAGACGUAUUCUCUUCAUAACUUUUAUUGAUUUCGUUAAUUUUUCAUGUGGUAACAGACUACUUCUAUUUUGCAGCGGGUAG